CGUUGAAUAAUAAUUAGAUAUGUUAAAGUUAUUGCAUGAAGGGCAUUUUGGUAUUACUCGUACUACAGAUAGAGCACGAGAGAUUUUGUUUUGGCCAGGUAUGGCAAAGGAUAUAGAAAAAAUGAUUGCAAGAUGCUCUGUGUGUGAGCGAUAUAGAUAUGCAAAUAUUAAAGAACCAAUGAUUUGUCAUGAAAUUCCAGAUUUUCCAUUUCAAAAAUUGGGAACUGACAUAAUGGAGUUCAAAGGCAGGGCUUAUUUAGUAGUUGCAGAUUAUCUUACUAAAUGGCUAGAAAUUGUCCCUCUCAAAGGUAAACAAAGCUCUGAUGUAAUCAAUGCUCUAAAAAAUAUUUUUUCAGUUUUUGGUAUACCUGAUAUUAUUGUGUCUGAUAAUAUGCCUUUUGCAUCAUAUGAAUGUAAAAAAUUUGCUGUAGAAUUUGAUUUUAAAUUUCAAACGUCAAGUCCAGGAUAUGCUCAAUCAAAUGGAUUAGCAGAGAGAUUUUUUCAAACUGCUAAAAACAUUCUGAAAAAAUCAGAUGAUAUAAGUGUAGCAUUAAUGGAGUAUCGUAACACACCAAUUCCAGGAUUGAACAGAUCUCCUGCUCAACUGUUGUUUUUUAGAAGAUUGAAAACUAAAUUACCAGUUGUUGAAAAACAAAUGUCAGAUCAUGAACAGUUUAAAUUGCAUUUGCAAAAUAAAAAUAGGAAAAGCAAAGAUUACUAUGAUGCACAUGCAAGGGCUAGGCCAGAUUUCAAAGAGGGGGAUAGGGUAGUCCACAGAAGAGGAAAGGAGUGGCAUCCAGCUACAGUAGUAUCAAAGCAUAGUUCGCCCAGGUCCUAUAUUAUAGAGUCAGAGUCAAAUGUUUUGCGUAGAAAUAGAGUUGAUUUAAGGAGGUCCAGAAGAGGUGAAAUAAAUAGAGAUUACUGUAAUAGGGAUUCAAGUGAAGAGAAAAAGGAUCAAGUCCAAAGUAAUGAGUCUCAACUAGAAAAUGAUGGUGACAUAGUAGAGAAUAGGCAAGUAGAAGACCCUAUGAAUAAUAAUGUGGAUGAAGAGUAUAAUAACUCACGUCCAGUAAGAAAUAGCAGAUUGCCUAAAAAGUAUUCAGAUUAUGUUAUGUAUUAAGUGUUAUGCAUUAAGUAUUAUGUACUAAGUUAAGUAAGCAUAACCUUAUGUUAUGAUUAUAAUAAUGUUUAUUAUAUGUAUUAAGUUAAGUAAGCAUAACCUUAUGUUAUGGUUAUAAUAAUGUUUAAGUUGGAUAGUUUCUAUUUUCAAAGGGGAAGAUGUUAUAAUAAUGGACUAAGGUUACAUUGGCAGCACUGCUUACAGCAGGACACACAAAAGCGAUUAGCAGUAAAAUGUGAUCUGAAGAACUCGGUAAAAUUGCUUAAUGACAAACUGAACUAUUUUAUAAUAUUUAUGAAGUUAUGUGUGAAAACAAUAAAUAGCA